CUCUUUCACAUUGGCUCAGCAUUGUUUCCAAACAGCGCUGCCGUAAAAUGAUAUACCGAGGGGACUCAUUCUUAAGAAUUGAGGAGAAUAAUACACGACAUACUGACCUGUAGUUAACGUUAGGACAUGGUGGAACAUCGUGUAAAAUAAUCACAAUUUGUAUAAAAAGCUAAAGGUUUGCUGAUGUCACUACACCCUCCUGGACUGUAGGUGGCGGUGUGCUUGUGAUACGGCGACGCAGACUAAAAGAAGAAGGGGGAAAGACGGACAAAAACCAAGCGGAAGUAGGCUAGGAAAGCUCUCGAAAAGGGUUUGAAUCGGUUUGAAUCCGUCGUCGAGGCCGCCCGGUAAAAAAGAUCUUAAGAAAUGGUGAAGAUAUUUGUGGGGAACCUGCCCCGAGAGGCGGACCAGGAUGAAAUCAAGGCACUUUUUACACAGUAUGGCACAGUCACAGAAUGUGCCAUCAUCAAGAACUACGCCUUCGUUCACAUGGAUGACCGCAAGGCCGCCACCAAAGCCAUCAAGAAUCUGCACCUACACAAGCUUCACGGCACACCAAUCAACGUGGAGGCCAGCCAUGGGAAGAACCAGGGUUCAGUCAAACUGCAUGUAGCCAAUGUUGAAAAGGGAGCCGAUGACGAGCUUCGCGCUCUUUUUGAAGAGUACGGCACAGUCACAGAGUGCGCUGUGGUUAAGAAUUUUGCCUUUGUACACAUGUCCAACUCGGACGAGGCCAUGGAUGCCAUCCAGGGUCUGGACAACAGUGAAUUUCAAGGCAAACGCAUCCAUGUCCAGAUUUCUAAGAGCCGCCCAAGACAUGACGAACGGGACGACUAUCCCCCACCUCCCCCAGACAGGGGUGGCUAUUGGCCUCCACGCUAUCCAGGAGAGAGGCACGAGCCUCCCCCACCCAGCUACCUGCGAGGCCGCCUCAGCCAUAUACCCCCAGGUUACCCUGCCCCUCCUCUGCCACCCCCGCCCCCUAGACGAGCUGUUUAUCCUGACCGUCCCUAUGAGGGUGAGAGGGACAGGUAUGGCGUGGUAGAUUACUAUGAGAAGUACAGAGCCCGUCCGUAUGGCAUCGCCUCCUACGAGGACCAACGUGCUGGCGCCCCUCCUCCUCCCCCUCCCCCCUCAGCCGUCGUCCGAGACCGCCUUAUGCCCUCGUCGCUCGACCCGUAUGAGCGUCGCCCCCUCCCACCUCCUCCGUCCUCGUACUACGGCCGAGAUCGCAGCCCCCUCAGGAGAGCACCUAGCGCGCCAAUGCCCCCCGCCAGUAAUGGCUACUCCUACGAGCGCUCCCGACUCUCUCCGGUUUCCCGGGUCCCUGCAUACGGAGUUCCACGCGCAAGGGACCCCUACGCAGAACGUCUGCCUCCGCCACCGCCUGCACGCUACGCUUAUUAAGCAAGGCCCUGGCAUGUGAAGGAUCGUCGUCCGACUGCGUCGCCGCUCGCCGCCUCCUGAUGCACGUGACACUAUCCUCUUCCUGUCUGUGGCUGAGCGCGUUACGUUCCCCUGCGACGCUCACAGGAGGAACUGAAUUGCCGACGUCCACGUCUGUUUAUGUUUUUAUUAUUUUGGGACAGGUUUUACACUCGCAUUUUUUUUGCCCUGAUUGUUUUAGUUUGUUAUUGUGCUGUAGUAUUUUUAAAUGCUUGACAUCUGAGUUAGGCGUUUUCUUUUCUUUUAAUUUGUACUUUUACGUUUUGAAUAACUAGUGUUCUGAUGUUGUGUGUGACCUUAGAGAGCUGAAGAAUUUCAGCAGCAGUUUCUAGGCGAUACUUGUGACUGUAGAUUUAACUGAACUGAUUGUUUGGUAUUAAAUCUAAUCUGCACGUUGAUUCCAUCAUGUUAAGCUUAUCCAUCGAAAAAAAAGAGAAAAAACCAAACCUCCAUGUGGCGUUGCUGUGAAAACUUAAAACUGCUAAGACGUAGGGGUUUGACAAAUGUAGAAAGUAACUGUUACUAGAACCGUUACCGCAAGGCGUUCACAUGUACCUUUCCAUUGUCGAACUUGUUUUUAAAUAAACGGAUUUGUGCAGUACUGUUCACAGAUGUGCUCAAAAUCAUGCCCAGCGCUAAAGCACCACAUCAGUGUAACCGCUUGAAUUGAUUCGCAUACUCUGCUAGGGUCUCUCUCUCGAAAAAAAAAUCAGCUCUUUAUUAAUGAUGAAAUCACGCUUAACAAACUUGUUAAAACCGUCACGCUGAUUAAAGAAAUGUCUCCUCUCUGGUCUUGUCUGAAAUGCUACAGCUUUUAUCAUGCAUCAGCGUACCUUGUAGCUUGUCCCCCUUCACUGACAACUGAAACUUGCUCACGUCAGAGCUUAAGUGAAGAAGGGCCUAACACACUCCAGCCAAACGUAACCAGGUGAGAUUUCACAGCUAAGACUAGUUUACCUUGAAUCUGGGGGGAGAUGGCGUCAGAGGCUGCGGGAGACCUUCAGAGUCAACAGGUAAGUCAAGGGCUCUCAGGAAUACUGAAGUAGAACAGACAGCACAUGCUCACAUGGAACUUUUAUAGGUGAAUAUCACUAGUUAUUUACUACAUAGGUUUGUGAGAACCUACCAUGUUGGUUAGUUAAGUGCUUUCCACUCAUUGCCUGUACACACAACAACAACUACCCAUUCAGCUGUAAAUCUGCUACCCAUAAUCAACAGUGUCUGCUUGGAAAUAAAGCCAAGUUACAGGAAGCGUGUGUGUGUAUAUAUAGGCACUGCCAGCAUUUUGAAACAUUGGCUAUGGUGUUCAAAUCCGGCAAGAUUCGGAGACCAUGGGUGGCUUCUGGGAAAAUUGUUUAUUGAAAUUUAAGAAGCCCUCAGGAUAGCUUGGUUUGGAUGAACUGGACAGAAGUUGAGAUUUUGACUGAAUGGAAAGCAUCGGUAAAUUCUACACUUGGUCUUGCUGACAUUUUUUAAAACAUGAAGUCAAUUGACAACACAGUGAAAUUGCUAUAGUAACUGAUUUUACACAGAAUUUUGAUGGACUUAAGAAAUUUACAAUACUUUGAAUUGUAUUGCCGUUUUGUGAGUCUGACCUGCAUAAAUAAAAUAUUUAAAACAA